GGGAGUAUCUUUCACGCUAGCCGCCGACUGAGGACGUGAGUUGCUCGCCUGAAUCGGCCUCUUCUCCUCCCGCGACGUUACUUUUUGACAAGUGACCGGGUUUCCCUUCUCUGGCGUGAGUCGCGUGGGAUCGCUCAGCUCCUUGAUGCGGAGAGGCGCUGCGGAGGAGAGCCAGCAGCUUCCCCCGUUGGUGUGAAGACUGCUGAAAACUGGCUAAACUUUGCUAGGCUUUAAUUUUAGGAGGAAGUUUCUCAAGCAAAAGCUUUGGACUGUUUGAGGGUUCAAGGGCUCCAUGAGCUAGAAGGACAAUCUGUAAAUGCCAGACUGAGAACUUCAUCAUUUCAGAUCUCAUAAUUUCUCAGGAACUGGGCUAACUGAUGGACCACUUGAUAUUUCAAACAACACUUCUCUGCGUAGCACUAUGUUUCGGUCUGUUUCAGAAUCAAGGCAACCAGGUGUUUGAACCAACAAACCUUAGAAUUCACCAAAAUAAUUCUGUUCAGCAGCUGUUACUGGAAUGGGAUGUUAGUGAUUACUCCGAAGCAUUUAAUUCCGAAAUAGAAAUUUUAUUUAACAUUCAAAUCCGUUUAAGAGAAGAAGAUAGGAUUAUUUUGAAUGUGAAUUAUAUGACAGUUCUCAAUAAAUCAAGACAGCAUCACCAACGGAGGUUGUUCUCUGAUGUACCCUUAGAGUGUGCAACUCAUGAAACCAGAAUAAGGAGCAAAGUGAUGUCUUCUAAAAUUUGGAGUAACUGGAGUUAUUGGGUAGCAGCAAAUGGCCCGGAUGCUCUCAGUGGUAACAGAAUUUACAUCUUCCCUGAAUACAAAGUAGCUGAACGAGGUUCCAACGUCACAUUUUGCUGCAUUGCAAAGAAAAAUAAAACUGUAACUAGUUUUUCAGUUUACAACCGAACUGAGCAUCCGACACCAAAGCAGCGAGUAAUAUUUACUAGUAAUGCUACAUUUUCACUCCCCAGUCGCAUUCAAGUCGCUUGUGGUUUUUCUGAGAAUCAUCAUAACAAUUCAACUUAUCUCUACCUCACAAGGCAGCCUGAUAAACCCCGAAAUCUAAGCUGUGAAACUGAAGACAUGAUUAAUAUUACAUGUACUUGGGAUCCUGGAAAGGUAGAGUCGAACAAUAAUGUUAAGUCCGUGUGUCCAACAAAGUUUAUUUUGUCUGAUACCUCUUCUACAAAAACAUAUUGCAGUUGCGUUACAAAUUGUAAAAAUAGCUGUUCAUUCAAGAUGGGCCACCAAUCCAUAUAUGAUGUAAACUUGAUUUCCAAAAAUUGCCUUGGACAGAAACAUGAGCAUCUUAGUUUUGAUGUAAACUUCAGAGUUCAUCCUGUGGUUCCCAGUAAUCUAUCAGUGGAUGAUCAAAAUGAUACUUUCAUCCAGUUAUCUUGGCGUGUAAAGCCAAUAAGGGGAAACCCACUGUUGUUAUGCCAGAUCAAUGCCGCAUAUGCUGGUGGGAAUAAGCAGUACAAUAUCACAGUGCAGUCCAGUCCAGACUUCCAUCCCCACAUAAAACUGGGUGAUUUGCAGCCUUACACAAGCUAUACAUUAAAAAUACGCUGUGCUACAGCUGUCAGUCCCUUCUGGAAGUGGAGUGAAUGGAGCCAGAAUAUACAUGCCAAGACUCUUGAAUCUGCUCCAUCAGGAUUGCUUGAUAUCUGGAGAGUUAUUAACCCAGGCUUGGAGCAGCGUAAUGUAACUGUAUUCUGGAGGGAAUUGCCAGGAUUUCGUGCUAACGGAAACAUUAAAACAUAUGAUCUAUUUUGGGAAAACUUAGAGGACCCUUCAGUGCAGCAUCACAAUUACUCUGUUUCUGCGCCACAGAACUACACAACAAUUUCUCUUGGCAGCCAUUCUUACAAAAUCCUUGUCUUGGCAAGCAACACUAUGUUUGCAUCCUCUCCCUCUGGGAUUAUCAUCCCAGCAACUUACGAGAAUGGUAACGUGCAUUAUAGUGAAGAAAGCACAAUCAACAAUACAGCACAUAGUAUUUAUAUUUCUUGGAAGCCUCAAAGCAAGUUCAAUCAGUAUGUUGUUGACUGGUGCAACCAGCCCAAAAAUCACCCAUGUGAUUUUCAGUGGAUGAAGUUUGGGCAAAAUGACUCCAAUGCUUUCAUUACAUCUGAUGCCUUCAAACCUGGGAUAAGAUACACUUUUAGUGUGUAUGGAAUGGAAGGUGAUAAAAGUUAUUUACUUGAAAAGAAGGUUAAAUACCUUGAAGAACGGGAACCGAAACAAUACCUCUCAUUUAAAACAGUUACAGUAACUGCAAAUUCAUUAACAGUAACUUGGAAACGUUAUGAUCAAGAAUUCAACUCUGGUUUUAUUAGAGGUUACAUAUUUUACAUGAAAAUGAAGAAUCAAAGCUGUGUCACCAAAGGAUUAGAACUAUUUAAACAUGCAGGUAAUCAAGUGAUAUGCACUUACCAAAUUGAAAAACCAAACCAAACUGAAUUCACAGUGAGACACUUGGAACCUAGCACAACAUACUGGUUUGCACUUCAGGCUUACACUGUCAAACCUGAAUAUAUCAUCAAUGACAAUUUUACUCAAGUGAUUACAAAAGAUGAUACAGAAGAAUGGUUUUCCCAUCUACUUCAGCUACUAGUGAUUAUCCCAUUAAUGCUGAUAAUGUGCAUGUGUUUCUGGAGAAGUAAUUGCAUGAGGAAUUGUUUGUGUCCUGCAGUACCCCAUCCUAAAGUGACCCCAUUUUUGAAGAUGAGUCCUGGAAUAAUAGAAAUCAGUAAUACAAUUCCUGACCAAUUAGUCGUGCUGGAGAAGCAUCAAGGGUCCAAACAACCUGCUUUGGGAAUGCUAAUAGAAAAUUUGAGUUACGUUCAAUCCACCUAUUACCCAGAACUACGGACAGAAGAGAGAACAAACCAGAAAUUCAACUCACAUCUAACAUCAUACAAACCUCUUCAAGACUUUGGUUUUACAGGCAGGCCCAGUCCCUGCACAUCAGAAACAAAAGACCAUUCAAAAGUCAAUUUGAAUUACCUCUGUCAAAUGGAAGUGCCUCCCUCUAUGGGUGAGGGAACUGAUUGCACCUGUUCUGUACAUUGGAUAGAUUACAGACCUCAGUUGAGCAGAACUUCCAGAAGAAAUACAUCGCUAUCAGAUUAAAAUGCAUGUUAGCUACCAAAUUCACUUCAGUUCACUCGGAGCAGCUUCUAAAUAAACAGGAGGCAUGUUUGCUGGGCAUUACAAUAUCUGAACAUAAACUAAUGGAAAUGGGGGAAAAACUGAAGAGGAAAAGAUAGGACAGCCUUUUAUGUUGGCUGAAGAAUUUUGCUGUUGGAUGCUAAAAGUGGAGACAACAUGCAGUAAUAAGGGACCUGCAUACUUGACAAAGAGAAAGAAACUUUCCCUCAUAUUUUGAAUGUGCAAAAGAUGUACAGUAUUGUACCUUUUCCAGACAAGUAAAAAUAUACAUAUAAAAAAUUACUUUUCAAAUGAUUUGAUUUCUGUCUAUAGUAUUUUAUCAAAUAUCCAUCCAGUUUCUUGACAACACAAUGGAAGUGGUUUGUUAUCACUUUCUUCUGGAAGUUUUUGACUUCUCAGUCUGAUCUGUACCCCUGGAAUUUUCUGGUGAUCUCCCAUUGAGGUACUCACUUGUUUCUUGUUGGGGGAGUCAGCCAACAUCAGCCAAGUAGGCAGUGCUAAAACGUGUUUCUUACUCUUCUUUAAAAAUGUGACCCUAUAGGAGCCCAUGGAGGGGGUUGGGUGUGUGGGAAAAUGACAAAAUGUGUGAUGAGGGCAAUGCUACUUGCU